UAUGGCUGACGCUUGACGUUUUUAGAGUUUUUAUUGCGGAAAAAGUCCCAGUUUAUUUUCACCGUUUUUCAUUGUUGAACUAUUAAUUUUUCGUGGUGAAAAUGUGAUUUUUAUUUUUUUAAGGAAAAUCAAACUCUUCUGCGUGUUGGAUCGUCUAAAUAUCGAAAUAUAGAGCGUAGAAAAUUGGUCUUUAAUUACGCACCAAAAACACCAUGGGAAAGAAGUCGGUCCCAUUACCAAAACACGAGUUUUUCCCAUGUGAAUAAUACGAGAAAAGGGCAAAAAACACUUUUAUUUCAGUGUGAAUAUAUACAUCAGUCGAAAUGUCCCAAAAGUUAAUAGCAGUUUGCAUUAUCUUCUUCCUUUUCUUGUGCUUACAGUUCAAUGAUGUAUGCUCUAUAAAGUGCAAGUGUGAUAUAUGCAAAGACAGAAACUAUACAUGUGAAACAGAUGGGCAUUGCUUCACUUCAGUGCAGAAAGGCCGGAAUACAGAUCAGCUCACUUACUCUUACAGAUGCUUCGAUCAAAAAACCUUCCCCACUCUAAUCAUAGGUGCGGGAAAACAGGGGGAGUAUUGUAACGAGACGAAAAGCGACGUGGGCGACAUCUCGUUUUCACAAUCGGCGUGUUGUCAGGACCGGGAUUUCUGUAACGAUAUCAAGUUACCGUUGCCGAGGCCCGUGAGGCACCUCCAAGCCUCUCAGGGGACCUAUUUAACCUCGGUGCAGAUUGCCAUGUGCAUCGUCGGACCUGCCCUAUUGGGCUGUCUUAUUGUGAUCGCAUAUUAUUGGAUGCGCACGGCCAAUCACAAGAAGAGGAGAUUACAUCACCAUUUGGGACACGGAGAUGACAGUAUCGAGGCUCCCGAUCAUCCCAUUUUGAAUAAGGGAGUCAGCUUGAAGCAUAUGAUCGAAAUGACCACUAGUGGAAGCGGAUCAGGUCUCCCGCUACUGGUUCAGCGUUCGAUCGCGAGACAAAUCCAACUGAUCGACAUCAUCGGCCAAGGGAGGUUCGGCGAAGUGUGGAGGGGUCGAUGGAGAGGCGAAAACGUUGCUGUGAAAAUAUUCAGCUCCAGAGAAGAAAGAUCUUGGUUCAGGGAGGCGGAGAUCUAUCAAACGGUGAUGCUCAGACACGAAAACAUACUGGGUUUCAUUGCGGCCGAUAAUAAAGAUAACGGUACGUGGACGCAGCUCUGGUUGAUCACCGACUAUCACGAGUUGGGUUCGCUGUUUGACUUCUUAGGGAGAAACACCGUCGAUACGAACAAUAUGAUUCGGAUGGCGCUCUCGAUUGCUACUGGUUUAGCUCAUUUGCAUAUGGAUAUUAUGGGAACACAAGGAAAACCAGCGAUCGCCCAUCGAGACUUAAAGUCGAAAAAUAUCCUGGUGAAGUCCAACGGCACGUGUGCCAUCGGGGAUUUAGGAUUGGCCGUGCGGCACGACGUCACCACCGACACCGUCGAUAUUCCUUUGAACAACAGGGUCGGCACUAAACGUUAUAUGGCACCCGAGGUCCUGGACGAGACAAUGAACAUCGAUCAAUUCGACUCGUUCAAACGGGCGGACGUGUACGCCCUGGGUCUGAUCUUUUGGGAGAUCGCGCGACGUUGCAACGUGGGCGGCGGCAUUUACGACGACUACCAGUUGCCGUUCUACGACGCGGUGCCCUCGGAUCCGACCAUCGAGGAGAUGAGGCGGGUGGUCUGUUUCGAGCGACAACGACCGAACAUCCCGAACCGGUGGCAGUCGUGCGAGGCCCUCCACGUCAUCUCGAAACUGAUGAAGGAGUGCUGGUAUCAUAAUGCGACCGCGCGACUCACCGCGCUACGGAUCAAGAAGACGCUGUCCAAUUACAAGGUCGCCGAGGAGCUCAAGAUGUAGUAGGCGAAAAUGGAUUUCGCCUGUUUAGAUCUUCAGGGACUACGUCAGGUUUCGUGUGUGCUUUAAGUAAGCGUGAAUAUGUAAUAAUUUUUUUUUGAUCUGUGACUAUUAAAUAUUGCCGCUAAUUUAACUUUUAAAAGCCAGUUGUUGGAUACGAAACAAGUAUAAUGACAUUUCAAUUUCAACCAUGAUAUUGCAAAAUCAAUCUGGCAGCUGGCCUGUUAAUUCUUGUCACGGUGAUUUUUUUAGGAGUAUUAUGAGCGUGUUUCUUUAUAUUUUAUGUAAUCAAAAUAUGUUUUAUUCGUUUUAGAAUGAUUGAUAAUAGGGCGAAUGUUUGAAAAUUUGAAAAAAAAAUCACUGCCUUUAAAGAAAAACAAAACCCACUUUAAUGACAAAUACAAUCCAUUCCAUAGUAGUUACUUGUAUAAACCGGUGUACCUAAUGUUAUUUGUUUAAUGUUUAUUUAUUUUUUACCCCGAUAGAAGAGAAUUACAUAUUGUUACAUAGUUAACUAACCUAAUCUGGUUUUAUCAAUAAACAAAAUGCCUAAAAAAUCUUGCUCAGAUCAGAUAUACAAAAUAUACGGUUUAAAUUCCUAUAAAAUCCAUAUAGUGCCAAAAACAAACUGGUUAACUUUUUUUUUUGUUUCACCACAUUCUGGCAAUAGCGAGAUUUUUUAGCAUCCAUAUUUGCCAAACUGCAAUAGUGUCAAUUUUUGACUGGUUACUACAGACAGAAGAACAAAAUAAUUAUAUGAUAUAUUACUGUACAUUUUAUUCUGUUAAAUGCAUAAUUUUUCCAGAAUUAUUGGAAAACAAUUAGAUUACCCACUAGUCAUCUCUCCUUAUCGUUUCCUUAUUUCUUUCUUUUCUUGUGGCGUGGUUUGUGAAAAAUUACAUUACACAGGGUGGUCCCAACAAGUUCUUAAGAUAAUCUAAGCCAUGUGUUCUUUGGCUUUGAAAAAACUGAAAUUUGCAAAAAGAAACCUUUUUUACCUUGUUUACAUAGUGUUUUUUCCAGACAGUUGAAAAAUACUCAACUGUCUGGAAUAAACUCAAAAAUAUCAAACUACCUGGUUUCUUGAUCCAAUAGUACCGAAAGUAAUGGCUGCUCGAAAAAUACAUAUAGAAUCACCACUUUCGCUUUUGGGUUUUAAUUUAUGCACCAAAAUCGCCAAUUACAAUUUAAUACAAUAAAAUGCUGUGCAGGAUUAUACAAUUAAGGUGGUUAUGCUAAAUGCACAAUAUCAAUUCCAUCCCUGCAAUUGAGGAAACUUUUAUAAGUGCGUUUCCUUUUUUUACAUUGAGCGUUUGAUUUCGGUCUAACUUCUAUCGUAUUAAAGUAAUUCAAUGACAUUUUUUCGUGAUUUAAAAGGGAAUUUCAUACGAUAGAAGAAGUGCACUGUAUAUUUUGUUACAAUGUAGAAAAAGGCCUGAGUCAAAGGCUUAAUGUAAAAAAUAGAAACGCAUGGUACAUGUGGUCAGAGGUUUUGUUUUAUCCAGAUAGUUGAGGGAUGAUUUUACUUUUCUCA